UUUGAACCAUUUAGGUUGUUUUAGGCGCCCAAGGCGUAUGCGACCUGUAAAAUGCCUUUUUACGGUGUUCGAGUCGGUCGUGGCAUCGGCGUCUUCUCGAGUUGGUGAGUCCCAUUAAGUUUUUAACUAAGAAGUAAUUGGGUCUGAGUGCAAAGACCUUGUAAAGGGCUACUCUGGAGCUUGCUUUAAGAAAUUUACUUCCUACGAUGAAGCUAUAAAGUUUAUUGAAGGUGGACAUGAGGUCGGAACCGUACUUUCGAAAAAGCGAAGGAUUGGAAGCAUGAAUGACGACCUGGAUGGUCGAGAUCGAUUACCGAGCAAGCUAUCUCCUGAAGAGCAUUACAUCAGUAGCAACCAUGUUCCAAGCACUCUGACAUUUUAUCAUGAUGCAUCAUGCCCGCGACGUGUGAUGGUCUAUACUGAUGGUUCAUGUAACGGUGCACAUGAUGAUCGUCGUGCUGGUUAUGGUGUUUACUGGGGGCCCAAUCAUCCAUGGAAUGUCUCUGAGCGGUUGGAAGGAGAGCAAACAAAUAAUAGAGCAGAAAUUGAGGCGGUGAUAUGUGCAAUUAAACAGGCACACAUUGGUGGUAUUACUCAUUUGGGAAUAGUUACUGAUAGUAAAUUCGCUCAAAACUGUGCAACAGAAUGGGGUCAACGAUGGGCGCGAAAUGCUUGGAAAUUAGCCAAUGGUGAAGAUGCUAAAUUAAAAGAACCAGUUAAACGAUUACUUGGAGUUAUCGCUGAAUCAGGAAUUGAAAUAAUUUGGUUAAUCAAAUAAUCAGAUCAACCAUAAAUUUCUUGCUUGAACUGCUUCAAUACGUACAUUUUGAUUGGGAUCAUCAGCUAAUUGAUCUAAGAAUGGUAGAAUAUUGACAUCACGAUGGCGACUAAUCAAUUGUUCCGGGAAUAAUUUUAUAAUGCUGCACAGACAACGAGCGAUAAUUAAACCUGAAUAAGUUAAAAUAUUGAUAUUUCGUUCAUUUUCCUGAUCAAACAUUACAGUAUCGUUAAUCUCCUGACAGUAGUCACAACUUUAUCCUACCAACAGUAUGUGAAGAGUAGUGAUGCUACUACUUGACUUUUCAAAUCAAUACCAUGUUCGUGGUCAUCAAGGUGUACACGGUAAUGAAGAAGCAGAUUCGUUGGCUAAUAUUGGUUCUAGUAAACCAUUACCAAAGAAAUAAACAAACGAGCAAACGCGCGCGAGAGAAAUCGUUCAAUCUUUUGUUGUAAAUAGUGAAAAAGAAGGGAAAUCUAUUCAUGUUUAAUAAAUCUAUGCAUAAAUCAUAUGCCACACU